AUAAUAAAUAAAUAAAAUCCACAGUGCUUCUGGAAAAAAACGUAAGAGCGCGCAACGAGCAACAAUGAGCAGACUUUCGGUGUUUUGAAAGGAUCAGAUAACCGAUAACCGCUCAGUUCAGAGGAGGACCAGGUAUGUUUUCCCGUUUCUAAGGACUGCCUUGCUGAUGUCACCAUGGAGGAGUGCUGGCGGGGAGGACAGGUGCGCAGGUUGAAGUUCCCUCAGUCGGUUCGGAUGAAGAACUAUCAGUGACAGGGGAGUUUCUCAGCAGCUGGUGAACCUUGUAUAAACCAAUUUUUUUUAGGCUUUCCUGUAUUUUAUAAACUAUUUUCUUUAGUGUUAUCAAAUAUGUCGGCGUUCCCUGAAGUCCAGAGUGGGAUAUAUGCGAUUUUUUCCACGCUUUUCUGACAGGCUCUGGUGCGCGCAAACUGCGGGACUCACAGGUUCGGUCCUGCCCUGUAGCAAAUAUCGGGGUGUAGCAGUACGGGGGACGCCGCUGUUGUUGGUUAACUACACAUUGUUGCUGUGAACUGGGGUGUGGGAUCGAGACGCCCCAGCAUUAGAAUCAGCACUUUCCGCUUCAAUGCGACACUGACGCAGCUGGUCUCACAUUCUGGUCGCGGACAGGUGAUGCUCGAAUAAUUCAAUGGAAGGAUCAAUCAUUCCCAGAAGGAGCUGAGCUAAAAAAAAAACCAAACAAACAAACAAAAACUGUUGUUUUCCUUGGGAUGGAAUACAACGGAAGGCAGCAGCCUCAACUUCUCUAACCGGCAAUGAUUUUUCCGUGCGUCAUUGCGUCUUAGGAUCUGAAACGGUUGUUGCUUUGAAGGACAAUCGUUCUUGGACUUCCCUAUAGGUUUACAAGAGCUAUCAACAAUGUCCAAGACACUGAAAAAGAAGAAGCACUGGUCAACUAAAGUGCAGGAGUGCACCGUCUCGUGGGGAGGAUCCGGGGAGCUGGUGACUGUAGCUGAGGUGCGAGGAGGCGCUGAGCUGGGAGAGUUCCCCUACCUUGGACACAUAGUUUCGGAGGCGAUGGUGUGUCAUGCCGGGAGGCUUCCCAGCAUCGGGGACGUUCUGCUGGAGGUGAAUGGCACUCCGGUGAGCGGACUCACAAACCGAGACACGCUGGCUGUCAUCCGCCACUUUCGGGAGCCAGUCCGCCUGAAGACUGUGAAAGCAGGUAAAGUGUUGAAUACUGAUUUGCGUCACUACCUCAGCCUGCAGUUUCAGAAGGGCUCCCUGGACCAUAAGCUGCAGCAGGUGAUUAGGGACAACCUGUACCUGCGCACCAUUCCCUGUACCACUCGGCAGCCCAGAGAGGGGGAAGUUCCAGGAGUGGACUACAAUUUCAUCAGUGUGGGGGAGUUCCGUGAACUGGAAGAAAGUGGACUGCUGCUGGAGAGUGGCACCUAUGAUGGCAACUACUAUGGGACCCCUAAGCCCCCUGCAGAGCCCAGCCCUGUACAGCCAGACCUGGUGGACCAGGUUCUGUUUGAUGAGGAAUUUGACACGGAAGUCCAAAGGAAGCGCACAACCUCGGUCAGUAAGAUGGAUAGAAAGGACAGCACUGCACCAGAGGAGGAAGAGGAAGAAGAGAGGCCUCCUUUGGUCAAUGGACUGACUGAGCACAAGGACAAAGCAGAGUGGAGGAAGACAGUGCCCAGCUACAACCAGUCAGCUGGGGCCAUGGACUUGCGUGUAUGGAACACACAGGAUGAAAGUCAGGAGCCCUUGCCUAAAAACUGGGAGAUGGCCUACACAGAAACCGGCAUGGUCUAUUUCAUCGAUCACAACAGCAAGACCACCACCUGGCUGGACCCCCGUCUUGCCAAGAAAGCCAAGCCACCUGAGAAAUGCGAGGAAGGAGAGUUGCCCUAUGGCUGGGAGAAAAUUGAGGACCCACAAUUUGGCAUCUACUACGUUGACCACAUCAACCAGAAGACCCAGUUUGAAAAUCCAGUAUUGGAAGCUAAGAGAAAGAUAAGCGUGGACAUGCCCAUUGUAGUACCGCCACCGGCAGCCUCAUCCUCAGGUUCCACAGCAGAGGAGCCUAGCAGGGGGGUGCGGGGGUUUACUCGAGAUCCAUCUCAGUUACAGGGCACCAUUCUGAAGACGGCACUUAGAAAAAGCCCCCAGGGCUUUGGAUUCACCAUUAUUGGAGGAGACCGACCUGACGAGUUCCUUCAGGUCAAAAACGUUCUCCCAGAUGGGCCUGCAGCACAUGACAAGAAGAUUGCCUCAGGUGACGUGAUUGUCGACAUUAAUGGGACAUGUGUGCUGGGAAAGACUCAUGCUGAUGUUGUGCAGAUGUUCCAGUCUAUCCCAGUCAAUCAGCAUGUAGAUAUGGUCCUGUGUCGGGGCUACCCUCUACCAGAGGACUCCAGCAAUAGCGAGGAGGCAUCAGGCAGCCUCUGCACCUCUAAGGACACUUCUCCUUCCCCCUCCACCUUGACGCCACAAGACCUCCAUUACACAGUCACAGAUGGAGGGACCCUUUCUCGGCAGACUGCUUCAGUGCCACCUAUGACCAACGGAGGACGCCACCACCACCAUCCUCAUCCCCUCCAACAUCACCACCUUCCACAUGCCCUUAACCAAGAAGGCCCUGACCCUACUUUAUUACAGCCAGAGCUGGUGAGUGUGCCCUUGGUGAAAGGCCCAGGAGGUUUUGGCUUUGCCAUUGCAGACUGCCCCCUGGGACAAAAGGUAAAGAUGAUCCUGGAUGCCCAGUGGUGCCGUGGCUUGUUGAAGGGUGAUGUUAUCAAGGAGAUCAACAGACAGAACGUCCAAACUUUGAGCCACUCGCAGGUGGUUGACAUCCUCAAAGACCUGCCUGUGGGCAGUGAGGUCAACGUGCUGGUGCUUCGAGGAGGUCAGACAUCUCCUGUGAAAUCACUAAAACCAUGUACAGCUCCCAUGUCUCAUCCAGUACCCCAACAACUGGCUCAUCCGUUCCCCCAGCCCACAAUGCAGCAGCAGAGGCAGGAGAUGAUCAGCAGCACAGAGACCCUAAGUCAGCCAGAAGCAUCCCCCAAUCCAUCAACUUUCUCCUCUAGCACCCUGCGCUCAGCUUCACCCAAACCAGAUGCAUCUGAGCUCUACCUCAAGUCCAAGGCCAUUUUAGACAGCAAGCCUCCUUAUACAAAGGACCUGGAUGUAUUCAUCAAAAGAAACCAGGAGUCAGGCUUCGGUUUUAGAGUCCUUGGGGGCGAGGGACCAGAUCAGCCAGUAUAUAUUGGUGCCAUUGUGCCACUCGGAGCGGCUGAGAAGGACGGGCGCUUGCGGGCAGGGGAUGAGCUACUUUGUAUAGAUGGUGUUCCAGUCAAGGGCAAGUCCCACAAACAAGUGCUGGAGCUGAUGACCAAUGCUGCGCGUAAUGGCCAAGUCAUGCUUACAGUCCGCAGGAAACUAGCGCACGCAGAUGGCAGUGGAGAAUUUGAGAGCAGCCAGCAGCCCCAGCAGGUUGCGUCUGCUCUGGUCAACAGCUCUCCCAAAAUGCCUCGUACUGAAGCGGCCAACAUCGUCCAGCCUGCUCAGCCCACCCGUCCGGAGCGAUUUGAUGUGACUCUGCAGCGCAAAGACAAUGAGGGCUUUGGUUUCGUCAUCCUCACGUCAAAGAACAAACCCCCACCUGGAGUUAUACCUCACAAAAUUGGUCGUAUUAUUGAAGGCAGCCCCACAGACCGUAUAGGUCAAAUGAAGGUGGGAGACCGUAUUUCUGCUGUCAACGGCCUGUCCAUCAUGGAGCUUUCACACAACGAUAUUGUUCAGCUCAUCAAGGAUGCUGGAAAUUUGGUCACCCUUACUGUUGUGCCUGAAGAUGACAGUGCUCCUCCAUCUGGAACAAAUUCAGCCAAGCAGAGCCCUUCGGCACAACACAGAGCUGUAGGCCAACAGCCUCCCAGCUACCAAGACAGGAACAGUGACUCCGAGGGUAAGAAUUAUCUUUCACCAAGAGAUGGCACUGGAACUCUCAUCACAUCAGGCCCUAAGCAGGGCUGCUUCGUGGUGGAGCUGGAACGCAGCCAGAGAGGCUUCGGCUUCAGUUUGAGAGGAGGGAAGGAGUAUAACAUGGGGCUGUUCAUCCUUCGACUGGCCGAGGAAGGGCCUGCUCUUAAAGAUGGCAGGAUACACGUUGGAGAUCAAAUAGUGGAGAUCAAUGGCGAGGCCACACAGGGCAUCACGCACACUCGAGCAAUUGAGCUGAUCCAAGCAGGAGGCAAUAAAGUUCAUCUGCUUCUCCGACCUGGCCAGGGCUUGGUCCCGGAUCACAGUUCAAAGGACAAAGUAACCAUUCCAACCUCAAGCUUUCCCAGAUUCUCUGUAUCUGAUGGGCAGUCAUCUCCAGCUUCUCCAUCCUCUGUCUCCCUCUCUACCUCGGAAUUUUCCCCAUCUUCACCCAAAAUAUCUGCCCCCCAUGACUUCUCUGGGGGCGACAGUACAGUGUGUGGGUCCCCUGGUGCUGGGAAGGAGCAUGGCAGGCAAGCUAACAGAUCAAGUGGACAGCAGCUCUCUCACCCCAGCUAUAAGCGCACCACCAGCCCCAGCACCCAGACUGGUAAUACAAGCAGGAGUGACUCCACAAGUGGUAGCCCCAAAAGAGCCACCGAAGGCUGGAAGGAUCCCGCAGAUCGCUCCCAGAGCCCUCGAAAAAUGGAGCAAAGCCACAGCGGAUCCGUGGAGGACAUGAGCAAGGAGAGAAAAGCCCAGGGACAGAAAGACCACCGCUCCUCUAGUCCAAGGAAAGGCUCCAAGAGGGAGCAUGACCCUGCUGUGCCUUUGAGGAACCUUGAGGAGUCUCACAGCCCCAGGCGUCCAGCUGGCCAAAAGCCCAGUUUUCCCUCUGGAGAAGAGAAGGACUGGAGGUACAAGCAGGAUGAUUCAGCUUACUGGCAGGAGAGAGGAGCUGCAGAGAGUGGAGACAAAAGCUGGGGAAUCAGCGAUCACUACAGAAAGGGAAAAAGGGCUGAGCAAGAGACAUCGGUGCAAAAAUCCAACGCCCAAACAUACAGAGAGAGGGUGGGGUCAGACGCUGGUAGCGGCACGCUGAGCCGGAGGAGCGGAAGAGACAAAGGGGACAAGGAAUAUCGAGAGAGCAAGUACCAUGGUUCAACUGAAGAAGUGAACAGAAAGGACCCCAGAGGUUCAAGCAGUAGCAUCCCAGACCCCCACUGCAAUGGGAACACUACCAGCAAGAAGGCCUCUAUCACCCCGGGCCCGUGGAAAGUUCCCAGUUCUGCCAAGAUCCAGUCCCAAGUGGACACCACAUAUGCAGAUAUCUGAAACCCUGCCAGGACUCUGCAUAGAUGAAGAAAAAGCUGAGCCUCAAACAUGGAUUCAGAACUGAAGGAUGUUUAUUUUUAGACAUUUCUGACAUAGCAGAUCACUGUGCAACCAGCAACAUAGCUUCUCAUUGCUUAUGAUUUUUUUUUUCCCCCCAACCAGUUUGCCUAGGUCAGUUUGCAUCAAGGUGCUGAAGUCUGAUCUGACACGUGUGCUUGUACCUACAUGAGUAUUUUUACUGUAUAAUGACGUGUAGGCAUGUGUGUAACAGAUGGGUUCUGAGUGUGGUGUUUGAAAGUAACAAUGAAGUCUAUUUUGUGCCAAUCAGAGACUCUGGUUAUAUAAAGAAGCUGCUCCUAAUUGCACUCACUGUGAGACUGUUUGUGGGUUUUUGGAUAAACUGCUCUCCUACCCACCUCGAUGAAGGAUCCAGAUUUUGUUUUUGGGUUUUUUUUUGGUGUGUGUGUGUUACUUAUGAAGGUUUAACGGCAUAUUCAUGCAAUCCCAGCUUUUCUUCCAGGUGAGACUGAUUCACUGUUGCUGUCACAAGUGGAUGUUUUAAAAAGUGACUUGUGAAUUUUUUCUGAAACUUGUCUUAAAAGCAAAACUGUCUCUUAAGUCCUCUUGAGGUUUGUUUGUUUGUUUGUUUGUUUUUGAUAAUCCGUCUAGAGUUGUGAAUUGUCUGUGUGGCUGCAUUCAUACACGUGAAGACAUGAAUCCCCUUAGCAUAUCAGAGAAUGGAAAGACUACCCCGGAGCUUUAUAUGCAUAAAUCAGCAGACCAGAUACUUGUGGUUAAUGUUUGUCACAUGUGUGUUAAUAAAAAUUAAAAAAAAAACAACAACAUAAUGUAAUUUAUUGAAAUUAAAUGUACACAGAGCAGUUAGUACACAUAUCCAUGCUGAAUAAUUUCACUUUUCACGUGGACUUUCUAAGAAAAGAGAAAUGGAACAUGUAGAUAAGCAUCUCCAUCUAAAGUAAUACAUUUAAAGACUGCAGUCUGUACAUCUUAUUUCGUGGUCUGCAAACAGUCAUGCAAGCCUGAUUCAUAAAGUUGCUGACUGUUCGCAGCUCUGUAUUUUAGGUCCUCUGCCUGCGUGUAUGUAUACAAGCUGAACUGUAGGCCUGUGUAUUUUAGAUAUUGCUGUAGCAUCGACUAUACUGAAAAUUAAAUGUAUAUCAUUUAACAAAGUGGUUACACAUAUGACACAUACUAUAAAUGAAUUAAAUUAACAGAGGCUGAUUGUGAGGACUCUGCCUUCAACUUACUAAAAAAAUUAAAAGAUAUUUAUAUUUUUGUUAUCAUAAAUGUAGGCACAAAAACAGAUAAUUCCAACACAAAUAUCUAUUUUAGAUCAUUGCUUUUCUUUAGUACACGACCCCACGAUGUAAGUAGUAUAGGAUAUAUGGAUAUUAUGCUUUAUUAUGCCUGGUCACUUUUUAGUGUCACAAACAAAGUGAGACGCCCAAAGAAUUCAGCAAAUUUCCAACACAAGGAGGGAAAUGAUUAAAAGAUGUUGCUCUUUAGGUGGUUGAACAUGUGCAUGGAAAUGGCAAUACUGCUUCUUUAGGAGUCUGACUUGAAAUUACAAUCUAAGUUUGUCAGAUUUAAUCAAACUAAGAUUUAAAUUCUAUGUAACGAGGGAUAAAAAAAAAUACAUUGGGAGAAGUUGCCCUGCUCUAAAGUGAAAAUGUAGCAUUGUUACAAUGUUUCUCCUGUGGAGUACAGAGACAUCUAGUGGUUCAUUCACUGCUGUUCACAAACAAGUCACUGCUUGAGCCCUUGAACCCGACCCAUAAGGAUGUGAAGCAGUAAUACAUGCAUCAGUUGGUCUUUAAGACCACUGCUUAAUUUAUUGUCCACUUUAUUGUGAAUAUGAUGCAAUACUGUAUUAUUUACUGUUCAUGCCAUUACUAUGUAUGAGACUGUGGCCUUGUAUUGCUCCAACAUAUAUAUAUAUACACACAUAUAUAUAUAUAUAUAUUAAAAAAAAAAACUCUUAGUUUUACAUCAUGGUAGUUGUAAAUGUUUAUAAAUUGUACAGCACCUGUAUAAAUAUUUGCCUUCAUGCAGGAAAAAAAAUCCUAUGUAAAUCGUUUCAUUAUUUUUUUAAGGGAACUGAAAGGAAAUGCUAUAAAAUGGUUGAAAAGAAAUACUCUGGUCAUGGCAUUCUGUUCAUGCACUGAUAAAUAAAGGUUUACUGAUUAAA